CAAAAAGAUUGGAGGGAAAAUGUCUCACAUACAAUAUGUGGACGAGUUAGUUAAGGAGUACUUGCUCUUCAGAGGUUUUAGUCAGACACUGAAGGCCUUUGAUAAUGAUCUGAAAGCGGAAAAGGAAAAGGGGUUUAGGGUAGAUAAAAUAGUGGAUCAGUUGAUGCAAUACAUAUACAAUUACGAUCUGGCAUCCCUGAGGGAACUAUGGGGACACUUGGACACUAGGAUGUUUUGUCGCCUAGAAAGUCACUUCACUCCCGCAAUCAGGAAAUUAGAGAACUCUGUGCUAAAAAUGUACUUGGUGAAUGCAGCUGUGAAUGGCAAGCAAGAUAGGAUUCAGGAAUUUUUUACUAAACUGGCGCCGGAAUUACAGGGGCACUCGGAAUGGAAGGAGUGGUUUGCCUUUCCUUUCAUAAAAAAUCCAGAAGAAAAUCCAACUUACUCUGUCCACUUUAGUAAGCAAUGGCACGAUACCAUGUUGGUAUCUUUACACAAUUUCCUAGCGACAAUUUUUCAAUGUAUGCCACAGCCGACAUUACUCGCAAUAGACGAGGACACAAAUAAGUUAAAACGAUUACAAGAAGAGAAUGAGAUGCUGAGGCAACGACUGAGCGAGUCCGUUAAAAUAGAAAAUAUCUCGGACGUGAAUCCAGGUCCGGCACCCCAAUAUCCCCCGCUCAUGGACGAUUUUUACAUUAUUGCUCAAGAAUCGCCGUUACUGGAGAAUCCUAAGACACUGAGAAAUCUCAUAAGAAACAUAGGCGGCGGAUCCAGUCCGGUUUUAAGUAGGAAACCUGCAACAAGCAUAAAGAAAUUUGCUGAACCCGAAAUGGCCACGACGAAACGUACAAACACGAAAGGACGGGUCAACUCGAUCAGCAAGUCCGAGGCAGUCGCCAAGAGGAGCAUCAGCUGUGAUUCACGACUAAGUAGUUCUAGAAAAAGAGACUCUUCUAUGGACACUGCUGUCGACAGAAGAACCAAGGAAAAGAUAGACUCCAGUUAUAUUCUUCUAAGUCAGGAAGAGUACACCGAACACAAAACUUCUAUAAUUCAGUGCAAGAGUAACGCCAGCGGAUCGUACGUCGCGACAGGCGACGCCGACGGUAUCAUCAAAGUGUGGACACCGAUUCCGUCACCGAAGACCGUAACCACGUUUACUUCCGCCGUGGCAAAUUCGAACAAGGCUAUCACUUCGCUGGACUGGAUAUCGAAAAACGAACGCUACUUCUUGCACGGCGACAACAACGGUUUAAUACAAUUGCACGAUACCCGAGACUGCAAAACGCUUUGGGACAUUCAGCACGAGAAUUCGCGCAUCGUCACCCUGAUCUGCAAUCCGACGGAGUCGACAUUCGUCUGUUCCGUGUCGGACGGCAGCGAGGGCAAGUUGUUGCUGUACGACAUAAAGACGAGAAAGCUCGAGAGAACGCUGCCGCUGGAUCAGAACGUGACCGCUCUAUGUUCUGCGUUCAACCACAACGGCCAAUUACUUAUCACGGGAUUGUCUAACGGCAAUAUAUUGAUACACGAUCUGAGACGGAACGAGAUAAUAGACAAUCUCAACUGCCACUCUAGUCCGAUAAUUGACAUAGAAUUAAUUAACGAUUACACAAAUAUCUGCGCGCAAAGCGAGGACGGUAAGCUGUGUCAAAGGAGCUUGAAUCACUCGGGAAAGAUUCUGUGGGAGACCAAAAUUAAAAUCGAGAAGAAUCCCGUCCACGGGAAACUGUUCACCUUCGAUCAGAGUGGCAGUUACAUGUUACUCUGCACGCAGACCGGAGGAAACAUAUAUAAAAUGCCACCGGGCGCGCAGGGAAAAAUUUUAGAACUAGGAGGACACAAGGGUACUCUGUGCUGCGACUGGUCGACUGCCAAUCAAUCCGGAACUUGCAUAACCGGCGGCGCGGAAGGAAAGGCAAGAGUAUCGACACUACUCUCACCAUGAUAUAGGAACAAAAUUAGCAUAUGUGUAAAUUCGUAAGACAAAAACAAUAGUUACUAAUAAUACUGAAGAAGAUACAGAUCUUGUAGAUAUUCGUUUUCACUUGCUGUACGAAACUUGCAAGUAAAAUGAAGAGAACGUCGCGAAUUAGAUUUUAAGAUAUUAAUAAGUAUACACAACGCCAAAAAUAUUGGUACGUAAUAAUUUGUGUAAAAAGAGAGAAAUCCAAAACUAUUUUACGGAAAGUACAAUAUGAAUGAAUGAAUGCCAACGUAUAUAUCACGUCUCGCAGUAGUUACAAGUAACGAUUGUGAAAUAAGAAUACUCGUAUUUUAUCUCCGGAAAAUAAUCAGGGACACUACCAAAAUGUAAGAAAUACAAAAGAUAUAAGUAUUAUAUAGAGAGGAUCGUAAAGAAUCUCGAAAAUUAUCUCGCAUGAUGCAAUUUUACUCAGUUUUGUAAUAUAAUAACAAAAGAUCCUUAAAAAAAAGCAAAAAACAAAGAGAGCGACGUCUCGCGUAUGUAAAAGUUACUAGAAAAGUAUUAAACAAAUAAAACGCGUAUGUACGAGAUCAAAUGAAAAUGUCAAUAAAUGCGAGUCAAUUUUAA